AUGAAGAAGUACGAAGCCUAUUGCCGGCAGCUGUCCGCCCUCGAAACGGCGUUCUUUCGUCCAUUCCGAAUGCCAGUUGGAAGGAUUACGGGCGAACAAGACUUCGACAAGGUCAAGAUGCUCAUGAGCCGCAAGCUGGUGAUGGAUGUGAGUCUUACCGAUGCUGACUCAAAGCUUGCACACGCAAUGUACCAAGUGCUCGAGACCGAGAACAUGGAGUGGAUGGUUGAGAGCGAGCCGAAGAAGAUCGUCCAUUACCUGAUGGAUGCCCUGGCCCCAGAGCAGUUCAACAAGACCGUGAAGAACGAGCUGGCGCGCGAGUCAAACAAGCCCCUGCUGAAGGAUGUCGUCGCUUUUAUCAAGUGGCUUCGUGCCAGCUGUAAGGAAUAUCUACGGUGGGAACCCGCUAGCCAGUCCUCUGUCUCGGUGGCGAAGUCGAGCGGGAGGAAGCCCGAGAAGCCCGCCGGAACGUCUCCACGCACCGAAGAGAGCAAGCCGCCUCCUCGCAAGCGGACCUGCUUGAAGUGUGGCAGCGAGGCUCAUCGCGCUAAGGACUGUCCCCAUGCAGCAGCCGGCGAGGCAGAAGACCUUCUACGUAAAUGGAGGGAGGCAAGGCCAGGAAAUCCCCCGGUGGAGGCGAAGGUAUCCGCCCCUGUACAUGCUAUCAAAGCGCUUCGCCUCGAAGAAGCUCCGAUCGAUCCGGGCAGCGCAUGCAUGGCUAGGGCGGAGAAUGUUCUCGACAUUCAUGAUGUCCUGCUGGAUUCCGGGGCGGACGUGAAUGUGGCGAGCCGGGGUUUGGUUGACCAAUUGCUGCGGAGUGGUGCUGCAGUGCGAGAGGCGCAGUGUCCGCCUCGGCAGUUGGCUACGUUUGAUGGUAGCUGCUUCGACGUGACGCAACGUGUUAUCUUCAAUGUGAUUCAACUGCGCACGACGGCAGGUCCCUUGCUUCUUCGCAAUACGCGGGCAUGGGUGUUUGAAGAAGAAAAGAGCAAGUCCGUGCUGGUCCUGUCGAGACCCGUAAUGGAGCACCUCGGGACACCAGACUAUCUAAAUCACCACUUCCUCUUUUACGAACUCUACCACACAAGCGUCUUCUCCUUCUACAUUCAAGACUCCCUCUUCACUAUGGCCGCCUAA